ACUUCGGGUGCUCCAGAGUGCUAAAUUUAUCUUCAGAGGAGCGACCGCGCCAGCCGCGAACUGGAUCUCUAUGGAGGUGGCAUAGGCGAUAUCCCUGAGCUGAGAGCAUCUCCCUGUCCCCGAAUCCUUCCCUCUGUUUUGUUUUUCAUUCCUUCCUCCCUUCCUCCCCCUUCCAGUCCGCGACGACUGGCUCUUGACCCCGUUCAGGCCUCGGUGAAGGCUUUUGGUUACUCCCUUUCCACCCCAUCCCUUAAUUUUAUUCUUUUGAAGAGUCUGCAUUUCAAGCUGCCAAGGUGGAGAGUGUGAUUGCAGAAGGGAGUACUACUCAUUUCAGCUUUAUUUUUAUGUGAUAAUCUACCUUUAAGAAAAGGUGUGCCAAACCUGAGAGCAGCAGGAAGUCGCAUGAGAGAUCACCUGAUACACGAACGUGUGAUGUUCCAUCUGCGCGUUGAUGCAUAGGCAGCAUUUACAAAUUAACUGAUGUAUUGCUCUGUAUCAUCUCUUUGAUGAUUGCUCAUCUUCUAUGUAUCCUGUCAUAUAAUUUCAACAUAUUUGUGAUACUCAAUGUUUAUUCUAAACUAACCAUGUUUUGUGCCACAAACACGUUACCUAUGGAUCUCUUGCUGAAACAAGGAAGUCUUAAACAAGAAGUAGAAUCUUUUUGUUAUCAAAUUGUGUCUGAAUCAAAUGAUCAAAAGGUUGGAAUAUUACAAAGUGAGGAUGAACAAUUGCAGCCUUCAGUUUCUAAAAAAUCAGAAGGUGAGCUUUCCAGGGUCAAAUUUAUGUCCAAUUCCAACAAAAUAACAACAUUUAGUAAGAAACCAAAAAGAAGAAAAUAUGAUGAAAGUUACUUGUCUUUUGGAUUUACUUACUUUGGAAAUAGAGAUGCACCUCAUGCUCAGUGUGUGUUAUGUAAGAAAAUUUUAUCAAAUAGUUCUUUGGCCCCUAGUAAGCUUCGAAGACAUUUGGAAACUAAACAUGCUGCAUAUAAAGACAAAGACAUAAGCUUUUUCAAGCAACAUCUUGAUUCACCUGAAAAUAAUAAACCCCCAACACCUAAAAUUGUCAAUACAGAUAAUGAAAGUGCUACAGAGGCAUCAUACAAUGUAAGUUACCAUAUAGCCCUGAGUGGAGAGGCUCAUACUAUUGGAGAAUUACUCAUCAAGCCUUGUGCUAAAGAUGUCGUGAUGCGGAUGUUUGAUGAACAAUAUAGUAAAAAAAUAGAUGCAGUACAACUAUCAAAUAGUACUGUUGCACGUCGAAUUAAAGAUCUUGCUGCUGACAUUGAAGAAGAGCUUGUUUGUAGACUGAAAAUUUGUGAUGGGUUUUCACUUCAACUAGAUGAAUCAGCUGAUGUUUCAGGACUUGCUGUGCUGCUUGUUUUUGUUCGUUACAGGUUUAAUAAAUCUAUUGAGGAAGACCUACUCUUAUGUGAAUCUUUGCAAAGUAAUGCUACUGGUGAAGAAAUUUUCAACUGCAUCAACAGUUUUAUGCAGAAACAUGAAAUUGAAUGGGAAAAAUGUGUUGAUGUUUGUAGUGAUGCUUCUAGGGCAAUGGACGGGAAAAUUGCUGAGGCUGUCACCUUGAUAAAAUAUGUGGCUCCCGAAAGCACCAGUAGUCACUGCCUAUUAUAUAGACAUGCACUAGCAGUUAAAAUAAUGCCUACAUCUCUGAAAAAUGUGCUAGAUCAGGCAGUACAGAUCAUCAAUUACAUUAAAGCUCGACCACAUCAAUCUAGGCUACUAAAAAUUUUAUGUGAGGAAAUGGGUGCCCAGCACACAGCACUUCUUCUGAAUACAGAGGUGAGGUGGCUUUCCCGAGGUAAAGUUCUUGUAAGACUUUUUGAGCUCCGUCGUGAACUAUUGGUUUUCAUGGAUUCUGCUUUUCGACUGUCUGAUUGUUUAACAAAUUCAUCUUGGCUGCUAAGACUUGCAUAUCUUGCAGAUAUUUUUACUAAAUUAAAUGAGGUAAAUCUAUCAAUGCAAGGAAAAAAUGUGACAGUUUUUACAGUAUUUGAUAAAAUGUCAUCAUUGCUAAGAAAAUUGGAAUUUUGGGCUUCAUCCGUAGAAGAAGAAAACUUUGAUUGUUUUCCUACUCUCAGUGACUUUUUGACCGAAAUUAAUUCUACAGUUGAUAAAGAUAUUUGUAGUGCCAUUGUGCAGCACCUAAGGGGUUUGCGCUCUACUCUGUUAAAAUAUUUUCCUGUAACAAAUGACAAUAACACUUGGGUUAGAAAUCCAUUUACAGUAACUGUUAAACCAGCUUCAUUAGUAGCACGGGACUAUGAGAGCCUGAUUGAUUUAACAUCUGAUUCUCAAGUGAAACAAAAUUUCAGCGAACUUUCACUAAAUGAUUUUUGGAGUAGCCUAAUUCAAGAGUACCCAAGCAUUGCAAGGCGUGCAGUUCGUGUACUUCUUCCUUUUGCUACAAUGCACCUGUGUGAAACAGGAUUUUCAUAUUAUGCUGCAACAAAAACAAAAUACAGGAAAAGACUUGAUGCCGCACCUCAUAUGCGGAUUCGACUUAGCAACAUUACACCUAAUAUUAAGCGGAUAUGUGAUAAAAAGACACAAAAACACUGUUCUCAUUAAAAUUAGAGGGUUUUGCAUGUCUCUUGAUAACCAAGUAUAAGAUGAAAAUAAAAGAUGAUUUACUUCA